ACCUCCACUCGCGCUCCCAAUAAAAAAAAAAAAGAUGCGGUGAGAGGUGUGAUGUCAGGCCUGAGCUCUCACAGCUCUCCAGACAAGUUUAAAGGAGGGUUGAGGGGCGGAGGGGAGAGCGCUGAAAACUUCUGAGAAACCCAAAGACCACCACCAGACACACCAGAUUACGUCCGACAAGCAGAACUGUGUUUUCAUACGAUCCAACCAGAUCUACCCCUGAGAGAUGGAGUCAAAAGCUGAUGGUGGACCAGCUGCGGUGACCAGUGAAGAACUGGCUACUAUAGAGGAUGAAGAGGUUCUCAACAAGAUGCUGGACAGUGCAGCAGAUUUUGAAGAGAGACGAAUGAUUCGUGCCGCAUUAAGGGACCUGCUCAAGAAAAAGAGAGAUAAGCGGGAGCAGGAGCGAGGGUCGAGGCAGCAGGACUUGAGACAGCAGGGCCUGAGCAAAGGAGGGACAACAGUAGGCAGAGCGUCCAUGAACCAGCAGCCAUCAGCAAACAAACCAGCAGGCCAGCCCUCUCCAUCAGCUUCCACUCCCUUCAACAGGACGGCAGGCAGUAUAGCCAGUCCCACUGCAGCCCCAGCCCAGAAAUGUCCUACUGCUGUGGGACCCAAUGCUAAAAAUGUCAAACAGAUGCUUCUGGAUUGGUGCAGAGCCAAAACAGAGCCAUAUGAGGGGGUGGACAUCAAGAACUUCUCCUCCAGUUGGAAAGAUGGCAUAGCCUUCUGUGCCUUGGUGCACCGGUUCUUCCCUGAUGCGUUUGAGUACUCCAUCCUCAACCCUAACAAGCCCAGGGAAAACUUCCAGCUGGCUUUCAGCAAUGCAGAGAAGCUGGCAGGCUGCCCCCCUCUGCUGGACGCUGAUGACUUAGUCCGGCUGCAUGAGCCCGACUGGAAGUGUGUGUACACAUACAUCCAGGAGUUCUACCGCUGCCUGGUGGAGAAAGGCCUGGUCAAAACCAAAAAGCGGCUGUAGACUUGAGGAAUCAGACACUAGCUUACAUGACAGGAUGUGAUCUCAUUUUGAACAAUCAAAACACAAAUUAGCACAAGAUGAUAAUAUUAUACACUUUUUUCAACUGAAUAUUUACAUUUUGUCUGUUAUCCUAGAUUUGCUAGCAAGGAAAAAGUUAAGCAUUUGAUGUGUCUAGCUGAUGCACCAUGUGAAUGUGAAAUGCAAAGUGCCUAAUGUGUAGUAUUAUUUGUACUGGUUUGUGUGUUAGCAGGGACUCGUGGGUGUCUGUGUGAUCUCAGUCGACAGCUGGCGCUUAGGAUCAGUACAUACCACUGAGAUUACACAUCUGCAUUAAUCUCAGUCAGAGCCAUAGAGAAUCUAGGAACUAAUUUUAUGAUGAUGCUGUUGAGGGCCUGACUGUGCGAGUAUUAAAGACAGAUUUAAUGAAUAGCCAUUCCGUUAUUAUGCUGUGGUUCUCCAACUAUAACUGGUGCUUCAACUAAAUGCUACAGCAAAUAUAACAUUUUAUGUUGAAGGAUAAAUUCAUAAUUCAUAAUUCAGUCGGGAAAGUACAAUAGAUUGUUGUUUUGAAACUUUUCUACGAACGCUUUGUUAUGGAUGGAUUUGAUUUAGGUUGAAUGCAUUUGGGAUUUAUACAGUUAAAGGGACACUCCGCCGAUUUUACACAUGAAGUUGAGAUACUCGUCAUGAGGAAUACUACCCAGCCUGUGAAAAAAACAGUCAAAUGCAAGAUUGCAAGUGCUUCCUCUGAGUGAACUGGGUGAGCUCUUUUUCUGUCUUUGUCAUUCCAAUCUCCGGUUUCCCACAUUGCACCAUGUUCUUCUGUGUCUCUGGGAGUAUCUUUCUCAAGUGUCAGAAAAUGACCCCGGUGAUGUCAUCAGGGGGGUUGUCUCGGUUUGGGCUGGAGACUUCAGAUUUAUAACAGAAAGCCAUUGCAAACUCUUCCUUUGUGAGCCCCCCCCAAACUUCAAUCCUUCCUUUAAUACUGCGGCUUCGUGAAUUACUGUAACUGCACCAGCUUCUCUAACAGACAUAACGACACAAUGCAGCAGUGAAUAAUUGAUGUACCUUGAAAAGGUACUACCACAACGAAAGCUACUUUUAUCAAUAAAAUAAUCACACGUUGUUCUUAAAAAAAAACAAAAAAAAUUAUUGUAUGUAUUUAUCAGGACAGGGUUUGACCACAAUGUCACUGUUAAAGCCCUGCAAUAAAUGCAAUAGUAAUUCUGAAAAUUGUGUUGUUGAAUUGCAUGUU